AUGGACGGAGCAGUAGCUUUGGUUCUGAUGUUGUCAGCAAUGGCAGUGAUAUUGAUUGGUGUGGAGAGCCAGCAGAGGGUGUGUUACUCCGGUCCCCCACCGGAACCUGAUCCUGAUAAUCCGGAUGACUGGAUGAAGCAAGUCAUGCAAGAGAUACGGAAGCGUUGCCCAGGAAGGAGGCAACCUACUCCAGCUGCUGCAGAGUGUUCCAGUCCGAAACCCCUUGGUAUGGAGAACGGGACAAUCCACGAUGAUCGCAUCACGGCGUCCAGUAGGAACCGAUGUUGCCCUGUGAGUCUGGCACGUCUAAACAGUAACGCAGGAUGGGUAGCCGACCACUUGAGUAGAGAUGCCAAUCCCUGGAUCGAGGUGAACCUCGUUGAGCCUACAGUGGUGAGCGGGGUCAUCACACAAGGCAAGAACUUUUUCGAUAUCUAUGUGAAGAAGUACAAGGUGGCGUACAAGAAGCAGCCCUCAUCUGACUAUGAACAUGUAACAGAUGGAAACGGAAAUAUCAAGGUGUUCAUCGGUAACACUGAUUACUACACUCCAGUCACUAACCUGUUUGCUGAGAGUGUGGUCGCCACGGUAGUCCGCAUUGAACCUAUUGAAUGGCAUCAGAUGACUGCUCUUCGAUUGGAGCUGCUUGGAUGUCGCCGUGAUUAAUUCAGCUGAAGCAUUCAGGUUAUUGUGUUCGACACCGCUGACAUUUCAUUCAAUGCAAAAUAAAUUCGACAACUAUAUUGAAUAUUGAUUAUUAGAAAAAUUAGUAUAUUUGGUAAGAGGAAUAUUUUUCAGAAAGCAAAAACAAACUGAGGAUUUGGAAUAAUCACUAUAAGGGCCCUUGCGUGAAUUUGUAUCUUGAGAAAAGUGAAAGCGCGGUACGUGUGA